AUGAAGUCUAAGGCUCAAGGAGAAAAAAACCCAAUUAAACCCAACCACCCAACCCAGGAGGAAACCCUGAAUCUUCAGAAUCAAACCGAGAAAUCGGCAGGGAGCAUGUCGUCCAAGUAUAGGAACCUAAAAAGUACGACCUGUAGUAAUAACCCGAGAAGAAUACAGAAUGACACCUCUAGACGAGAGCCUGGAGGGUAA